AUGUCGUACGAUCUCGCGAGCGACCUAGAGAAUCGCCACUCCUUCAGCUCGGCGUCCCCGAGGAUGGUCCCGCCGUCGUCCGUGAGCGACGCGUACCUCGGCACGCUGCGCUCGCAGCGGUCGCUGCGGCAGUCGGAGCGCGAGCUCGCCGCGGAGAUCACGUCCGAGGCGUCGACGAAGAUGCGGUCCGUGACGGACAUGAAGGUGCGCGUCGGCGUCCUCCCCCCCCGACUCGCGUCUUUCGAGAAUCGCGCAAAUGGACAGGACGGAACGCGAACGCCCGCCCCGCCCCGCCCCCGGGAUAAAAUAAUCCAAAUCGCGAUCCUCGCUCACGCGCUCCCUCCCCUCCUUCCCCGUUCGACUCCAUCGCAGAAUCUCCUCACCGGCGGCGACGCGAACGACGACGGCGUGUUGAACUACCAAGAGCUCGCGUCCAUAAACCCGAAGCUGUAUCGCAUGCUCGGCAUCCAGGAGGACGUGAACGUUCUCCUCAGGAAAUUCGACACCAACCACGACGGCUUGCUCGAUCACAAAGAACGCCGGGCGGUUCUGCGCGGCUUAGUCCCCACCUUGCGCGAGCAAGCGAAAAAGCUGUGCCAAACCGGGGAGUACACCGCGGCCGGGGAGCUGUGGAACAACCGGACGAACCUGAUAAAGACGAUCAAGGCAGACCACGCGGCGGAGGUGGAGGGGAUCCAAAAGCACUUCGAGAGGGAAUACAGAGCGGAGGUUGAGGACCGCGAGGAGGCGUUCUUCCGCGUGAGGAUCACGGAGCUGUACGACGCGCUGACCGCGCACUGGGACGCGAAAGAGGCGUUCUUGGAGCGCGUGUUGAAGCAGAAGCUCGCGCUGUUUAAGAAGACGAAGCCGCACAGCAAGCACCCGACGGGACCGCGAGUCACGAAGUUUCCCCCAGAGGUUUUGGAGCUGCGGCGGUACUUGAAAAACCUGUCGCACGCGCGUCACCCCACGGACUAUCAGCUCGCGGAGGGCGAGCGGAUGAAGAUAAAGCUGCAUAAGCUCGAGGACGAAGCGCACGCGAAGCACGCGACGCUCGCGCCGGCGUAUUACGAGAGGGAGCUCAAGAAGUUUAUACGCGCGCAGGCGGAUGAUCGAUACAAGUUGAAGCAGCUCAGGGUGAACUCGUUCGACAUCUUCGGAAACUACGUCGCGCAGGCGAGGGAGAUGCUCAGCGCGCGUCACCGCGUGUACGACAUCCGCAUGGCGCACGCGCACGCGCUCGGGCCGCAGGAAAAAAUCUUGGAGGAGCUGAAGCCGUAUUACCAGCUUCAGAUGUAA